GGUCGCGCUCGGUGUCUCCUCCCGCCAGCUCCCGCUCAUCUUCUCCUAGCAGAACAACUUCGCGGACAGCGGUGCUCGCUCAUCAUGGAUGUUCCAGGUCCGUUGGCGCUUUUCUUCUGAGGACGACCCUGGCCUUGACCAUCAGAGCAGGGGACAAAGGCCAGAAGAGGCUCCCCCAGGUCCCGCGCAUUCCUGUGCGCCCUCCCACCCUCCUCCAGCCCCCGCCCGCCGCCGCCCCCGCGCGCUGCCCCCGGAGCCCAGAUGCCGGCUCCCGGCCGGGGCCCCCGCGAGCCGCAGCUGACCAUGUCCGGGCGCCGGGGGGCGCUGCGCGAGCCGGCCGGCUGCGGCUCCGGCCUGGGGGCGGCGCUGGCCCUUCUGCUGCUGCUGCUGCCCGCCGGCUGCCCCGUGGGGGCGCAGAAUGACACGGAGCCCAUUGUGCUGGAGGGCAAGUGCCUGGUGGUGUGCGACUCCAGCCCAUCGGCGGACGGCGCAGUCACCUCCUCCCUGGGCAUCUCCGUACGCUCAGGUAGCGCCAAGGUGGCCUUCUCCGCCACGCGGAGCACCAACCACGAGCCGUCGGAGAUGAGCAACCGCACCAUGACCAUCUACUUCGACCAGGUCUUGGUAAACAUUGGCAACCAUUUCGAUCUCGCUUCCAGUAUAUUUGUAGCCCCCAGAAAAGGGAUUUAUAGCUUCAGCUUCCAUGUGGUCAAAGUGUACAACAGACAAACCAUCCAGGUCAGCUUAAUGCAGAACGGCUACCCAGUGAUCUCCGCAUUUGCAGGGGACCAGGACGUCACCAGAGAAGCUGCCAGCAACGGUGUCCUGCUGCUGAUGGAAAGGGAGGACAAAGUGCACCUCAAACUGGAGAGGGGCAACCUCAUGGGCGGCUGGAAGUACUCCACGUUUUCUGGCUUCUUGGUUUUCCCUCUAUAAAUGCACAGCACCCCUGGCUGGUGGGGAAGUUGUCCCAUGGACCCAGGAAUCCACCCUUCCUAAUACCCCGCAUUUGAACUUGCCAGAACAGGACAACUUCUUUCCCACCUCCUCCAUCAAACUGUUGCGGUAGCAGAGUGAUUACCUUCUGAACCUCCAGUAUUUUCUUCCAAGAUUGACCAUGCCUCGGGAACCUGACCUCUAAUUAGUUUUAGAUGACAAGGUCUUAAGGAGAAAUGAAAUUAUCGAUCUGAGCAAUUUGUACCUGUGAUUGUAAAGUCAAUAUCGGAUUUUAUUGUUGGGACCAUUGACUUUUCUUCUUCGGUUUGUACAUGGUAUUGUUGUCCCCAACCCCCACGUGAGGAGUGCCGCUGACCCCUGACCCCGGGAUGGAUUGCAGGCUGCAGGCUGGGCUCCAAGCAACAAUCAAGAGCCCAGCAGGUCCCCGCUUGCCCGCCAGUCCUUGAAACCUGUUCUCCGUAUGUCUGUUCAGCCUUAAGAAAAAGAAUGGCUUCACUUUCCUGCUGUGUUCCACCCACCCCACCCACCCCACCCACCCCUGUGGGUGGAUGGGAGGACUGGGGAGGGGAAAGGGGACAUUAUGUCAAGAAGUGCUUUAUCCGGAGAAGCAAAUUUUGCACGAUUGGACCGCAGCUCAUGUUUUGUAUUGUUUAUGUAUUUGUGUGAAUUUUUCCCUCCAAGAAGCUUUACUUUUCUUCUCACACUCAGCUCUCCCUUCGUUCCUUUCCUUUUAUCUUUUGUGCUGGGGUGGGGAGAGAAAAUGCGUGUUGAAUUCCUGGAGGAGACCAAACAACACAAAACAAAAAAUCAAAAAAUACUUGUCUAUUUUGUGUUGGAUGAGACCAAAUCAAACAAAAGUUACCUGUAUGUCAAAGUAAAAAUGACAAAUGGACAUUCCUGCUUAUUCUUUCAAAGAGAUUCUCUCAGAUGCACUUUUAGGACUAACAACCUGGAUUUUUUUUUUUUUUUUUAAUUGACAUUCUGGAAUACUUUAAAAGCCUGAUGUUCCUGGGUGGCCUGAAUCAUGUCAGAAGAGAAUGGAAGCUGUGAUGACCAAGUCCCCAAUGUCAUAGUGGUUUCUUUGCCGAAUGCACCUGGGUUUUCCAGGCAGCUUGUUUUUGUUCAUUUGGAUCCACUUCUGGGUGAGCACACUGCCGUGAGGCACCUCAGAGUCCAGGGACCAACCAGCUCCUCUGCCCCAGGAUCCUCUUCUGAUCUGCCUCGGGCAGAGGGUGUGGACCUUCCCCUGGGAGCACCUGGCUGGUGGCCACCUGGAAAUCAUAGUGGUUGAAGGUAUUGGCAGAGGUGUCCUGCAGGCAUUUCCCCCAUCCUUCUUAUUUGGCACCUUGUACAUCAGUAUUUAUUAAGACACAGCUGAGAGUUGAUGGGUGCAGGAUUCAUACGCCAAGGAAAUGGCACUGAUUCCAAAGCAAUCAAAGAAGAGACCUCAAACCAGAUGUUAAUUUGUCCUUUGUGUAACAAUGUAACCAAAAUAUUGAUGAUAAAAAAUCAUAAUUUAAGAUUCAGAAUAAAUGGGUUUGAUGUCUGG